AUGACUUCCACCCGUCGCGUCGCCCUCGUUACUGGCUCUUCUCGCGGAAUCGGCCGCGCCAUCGCCCUCCGCCUGGCCGAAGACGGCUUCAACAUUGUAGUCAACUACCACUCCAAUGCCGCCAAGGCCCAAGAAGUCGUCGACCUCAUCUCCAACACCCUCCCCACGUCCACCAAUCUUAACCCGGUUCGUGCGAUUGCGGUGCAGGCUAACAUCGCCGACAUCGACCAGGGCAGGAAACUCCUCGCGGAGACAAUCGCGGCGUUUGGGCGUUUGGAUGUUGUGGUCUUGAAUGCCGCCUGGUUGUACUACGAGUCGAUCCAUGAUAUGACGGAAGAAUCGUACCUUGAGGCAUUCGAUACUAACGUCAAGGGUCCCAUGUUCUUCGCGAAACUCGCCCACCCCCACCUCGCCAAGGCCCAAUCCACUCCCAUCCCCAACACCGCCGGCGGAGCGCGCAUCAUUACGGUCUCAACAACCCUGACAUCCCUAUCUCUCGUCCAAGGAGACCAUUUCCUCUACUGUGCGACCAAGGGAGCACUUGAACAAGUGACCCGCACUCUUGCCAAGGACAAGUCCUUUGGCGGGUCCGGAAUCACGGUUAACAGUGUUGCACCAGGACCGAUUGAUACGGAGGGGUUGAGACAGGAUAUUAAGGAUGAGGCGGCGUUGGGGUUCUUUGCAGGAUUGCAUCCCGAGGGGAGGUUGGGGGAGGUUGAGGAUGUUGCGGGAGUUGUGAGGUUUUUGGCGAGCGAUGCUGCUAGGUGGGUUAAUGGACAGAUUUUGAGGGUCAACGGCGGUAUGGCCGUUUAG